GUCCCCAUUUUAUAGAUAAGAAAAUGGAGAUUCAUGAGGUGGGAGGGAGGAUUCCAGUUACGUGUGACCAUGAAUCCUCAAUCUUCGGGGCGCCCAGGGGAGAGGGGGAGGGUGUUGAAAUCCGAAUGGUCUUUAAGCAGUCAGUCUUCUGAACCCACAUAGUACCCAGCAAAGCUGAGGCUAGGGGUUUUCUGCCAUAAAACAGCUGGAGGUUAGAGAAGGAGUGGCACCUGGUUCGAAAUUAGGGCUAGGUUAAGGUCAAGUAAACACGGACUCUGUCUCUCAUCAGACUACCACCGGAAGAAUGCUAACAAUAGACAAGACUUAAACAGGGCAAACUAAUAAACACUUGAAUAAAUGAUUUACAUGUAAUCACUCCUUUCAUCUUCCUAGUAACCCCAUGAAGUGGAAAUGAUUAUCCCCACUUUAUAGAUGAGAAAAACGCAUCGAGGGUACGGGGUUGCUGACGGGUGGAGGUUUCUUCGACUGACAAUUAUCAUCACAUGGAAAAGAGAACCUCCCGCUGUAACUAUUUCCAGCAACCGGAAUGAAAAUUAAAAGUUCAAAGUGGAAGGAGAAUCUGAAACACAGGAGCCCCGUCCCCUUACUGGCCUGAGCCACAUACUGCAGCCAGAGAGAUGAAGAUCUGAGCAGCGGAGGGACCACAGAGACCGUAAUUCUGAGAAGGGGCGGGGCUUCUGUGGUGGGCGGAGCUACGCGCCGUCCUCUCGGUAGCAAGAGUCAUUUCCGUCCGCCGAAAAACAGAGAAAGCUGCGGGUGGACCUGUGGGUUGAGCGCCUCGGACCGGAUUUUCCUGGUUGGUAGUGGCGAGUGAGCCAGAGCGGCAGGCACAGGAUGACCGAGUUGGAAGCCCCGGGCCGCCUGUGGCUGGAGAGCCCCCCUGGGGGAGCGCCCCCCAUCUUCCUGCCCUCGGAUGGACAAGCCCUGGUCUUGGGACGGGGACCUCUGACCCAGAUUACCGACCGGAAGUGCUCCAGAAACCAAGUGGAGCUGGUCGCAGACCCUAAGACUCGCACGGUGGCUGUGAAACAGGGGGGGCAGAGCUUGUCCCAGCUGCUCCCUCUUCUUCCGCAGCUGGGAAUUAACCCCUCAACUGCCGGGACCCAGGAGCUGAAGCUGGGGUUGGAGGGCUCUCUGCGGGUGGGGGACACACUGUAUUUGGUCAAUGGCCUCUACCCGCUGACCCUGCACUGGCAAGAAUCCUGCACGCCAGACUCCCAGCCAGACACUCCACCCGGCACCCCUCCGGUGACCCCAGACGAGGAGGAAGAGGAGGAGGAAGAGGAUGUUAAGCAGCAGAAAAAGCUGAUGCGGAAGUCAUCCCCCUGUUGGGAGAGCUUUGAAAAGCUACUGGUGUUCACAGCGCCUGGGGUGAAGCCCCAAGGCAAGGUGGCCAGUUUUGAUCUGGAUGGGACUCUCAUCACCACACGCUCUGGGAAGGUCUUUCCCACCAGCCCCAGUGACUGGAGGAUCUUGUACCUAGAGAUUCCACAUAAACUCCGGGAGCUGGAUGCUGAGGGCUACAAGCUGGUGAUCUUCACCAACCAGAUGGGCAUUGGACGCGGAAAGCUGCCAGCAGAGGAGUUUAAGGCCAAGGUGGAGGCUGUAGUGGAAAAGCUAGGAGUCCCCUUUCAGGUACUGGUGGCCACGCAUGCCGGCUUGUACCGGAAGCCCGUGAUUGGCAUGUGGGACCAUCUUCGGGAGCAAGCCAACGAGGGCAUGCCCAUCUCCAUCGGGGACAGUGUCUUCGUGGGAGAUGCAGCUGGUCGCCCAGCUAACUGGGCCCCAGGGAGGAAGAAGAAAGACUUCUCCUGUGCAGACCGCCUGUUUGCCCUCAACCUGGGCCUGCCCUUCGCCACACCGGAGGAGUUCUUCCUGAAGUGGCCAGUGGCCAGCUUUGAGCUCCCAGCCUUUGACCCGAGGACCGUCUCCCCCUCGGGGCCGCUCUGGCUGCCUGAGACUAGCUCCCUGUUGAGCUCUGACUCUGAGGUGGUUGUCGCUGUGGGAUAUCCUGGCGCCGGGAAGUCCACCUUCCUCCAGGAGCAUCUCGUGUCUGCUGGAUAUGUCCAUGUGAACAGGGACACCCUGGGCUCAUGGCAGCGCUGUGUGACGACUUGUGAGACAGCUCUAAAGCAAAAGAAACGGGUGGUGAUCGACAACACAAACCCGGACCCCCCAAGCCGGGCCAGGUACAUCAAGUGCGCCCAAGAUGCAGGUGUGCCCUGUCGCUGCUUCCUCUUCAGCGCCACCUUGGAACAGGCGCGUCACAACAACCGGUUCCGGGAGAUGACAGGCUCUUCUCAUGCCCCCGUGUCUGAUGUGGUCAUGUAUGGCUACAGGAAGCAGUUCAAGACCCCAAAGCUGGCCGAGGGCUUCUCAGAGAUCCUGGAGAUCCCGUUCCGGCUGCACGUGGAACCACAACUUGAGCGACUGUACCGCCAGUUCUCCGAGGGCUGAGCUCCUGCCUGCCCCCCUCCCCCCCCCCGCCUCCACCCCACAAUAAAUGCUAUUUUUCUUUAA